UUUUCUUUUUAGUAAUCCAGCACCCAUACAUGCCAGUCAUCAUGAAUUUUGAUGCAUUGGACCCGGCUUUGGCAGAAUAUGGCCCCGCCCUGCAUGCGCCCUUGGAUCCAGUCCUUGAUCCCCACCUGAACCCUGGUCUUCUACAGUCUGUGGAGCUUGACCAUGACCGUGUUGGGUUGGAGGGCUUGCCAGUCCCGGAGCCUGUGCACAUUAUGGAAGGGAUGUAUUCUGAGCUGCACACGGCUGUUUCUGAGGUUGGAGUUCCUGUCUCUGCUGUGCACUUUGAUGUCCAUGAGGAAAUGCUGUGGGUUGGCAACCAUGGGGGUCAUGCCACCUCCUUCUACAGUCCUGCUCUUGAGAGAUAUUCCUCUUUCCAAGUGCACGCCACAAAUGAUAUCCGGCAGAUUCAGAGUCUGGAGAACGGGGUUGUUUUCCUUACCAAGAACAACCUGAAAUACAUGAUGCGUGGUGGACUGAUUAUCUUUGACUACCUGAUGGAUGAAAAUGUAGACAAUCACAGUCUAUUGUUCACAGACAGCAGCACCCUGCUCAUGGCAGGUAUGCAGAAUCAUGUCAUCCAGAUGGAUCUCAAUACAGUGCAGGAAACACAAAAGUAUACAGUUGAAGAUCCUGGUAUUACAGUUAUGCGACAAUCCAAUCGCUUCUUUUUCUGUGGGCACACAUCAGGGAAGGUGUCCCUUAGAGAUCUGCGCACUUUUAAAGUGGAACAUGAGUUUGAUGCCUACUCCGGUAGCCUGUCUGACUUUGACGUCCAUGGAAACCUGGUAGUUACUUGUGGUUUCACCAGUCGUAUGAAUGUUUUGGGUUGUGACCGCUUCUUAAAGGUUUAUGAUUUACGCAUGAUGCGGGCCAUCACCCCUCUACAGGUCCAUGUUGACCCCCUCUUUCUCCGAUUUGUUCCUACCUAUACAUCACGACUAGCAAUUAUUUCCGAACGAGGUCAGUGUCAGUUUUGUGAACCGAGUGGUUUGGCCAAUCCUGCGGACAUAUUUCAUGUCAGCACAGUAGGCCAGCUUAUCAUGUCCUUCGAUGUGUCUGCUAGCAAGCAAGUUCUGGCAUUUGGGGACUCUGAUGGCUGCAUCCAUUUGUGGGCAGAUACCCCAGAAGCAACAUUUAAUACUUACCCACGGGACACAGAGUUUGCAUUGCCUUGCAUGGUGGACAACUUGCCACAUUUGGACUGGAAUCAGGACCUUUUGCCUCUCUCUCUUAUCCCCGUUCCACUGCCGAAUGAAACCUUGCUUUCCGAUUGGCCUGCUGCUAAUUCUACUCCUGCACCUCGUCGGGCUCCUCCUGUAGAUCCAGAGAUACUGCGCACAAUGAAGCAAGUUGGAUUUAUUGGCUACUCUCCUAAUCCUAGAACAAAGCUCCGGAAUCAGGUGCCUUAUCAACUGGAAAAUGAUUUUGACACUUUUAACCAAGUCCCUGAAUCGCCAAUAGGACGCGAGGAAGAGCCCCACCUCUACAUGGUGCCCAAAAAGUAUCGGAAGGUAACAAUAAAAUAUUCCAAACUUGGACUAGAAGACUUUGAUUUUAAGCACUACAAUAAAACCCUGUUUGCUGGCCUUGAGCCUCAUAUUCCCAACGCCUACUGCAACUGCAUGAUUCAGGUGAUGUAUUUGAUGGAGCCAGUCCGAUGCUUGGUACAGAACCAUCUGUGUCAGAAGGAGUUUUGCCUAAGCUGCGAAUUGGGAUUCUUGUUCCACAUGCUGGAUUUGUCACGCGGUGAUCCUUGCCAAGCCAGUAAUUUCUUGAGAGCUUUCCGAACCAUCCCUGAAGCAGCAGCACUGGGUCUUAUUUUGGCUGAUUCAGAUGAGGCAACAGGAAAGGUCAAUCUUGGUCGUCUAAUCCAGAGCUGGUGCCGCUUCCUUCUGACUCAACUUCACCAAGAGACACAGGAGCUGGAAGGCCCACAGGCUUAUCGUGGUAUUGGAAGUGCCAGCACUUUUGCAUCAACGGGGGGCUCAGUGAUUGGACAGCUUUUUGGAUGUGAAGUGGAGAACUGCAGUAUGUGCAGAUGCGGCAAGGAAACCGUGCGUCUUUCCACAACCCUGCUCUUUACCUUGUCAUACCCCGAAGCCAACAGUAAUCGUAAAGAGCCACCAGACUAUGAGUUUGUAGAGAUCCUUAGGAGAAGUAUCUGUCUGGAACAGAACACCCAAGCUUGGUGUGAAAAUUGUGAGAAGUACCAGCCCACAGUACAGACUCGAAAUAUUCGCUGUCUUCCUGAUGUGCUUGUUAUAAACUGUGAAGUGAACAGCACAAAGGAGGCUGAAUUCUGGAAGACUCAGGCAGAGCAUGCUUCCAAAAAGGCACUGAAGAAAAUAGAGCCAUUUCCAACUCCAAAUGAGAGCAGCCCAGUAGAAUGGAAUGAGCUCAAUAAUCCUGAGACUGCCCCUCCCCCACCAGUAUUACCUUCAGUUGAGGAACUCCGCAACGUAUGGGUGCCAUACUCUCUAAAGAUGAAGUUGUCUAAAAACAAAGAGCUUGAGGUUCUAAAUUGUGAAGAGAAUGAAGAGCCAAAUCAACCAGAGGAUGACAAGGAUGAAGCAACCAACAUCUAUGACCUCAAGGCAACUGUUGUUCAUAUUUUGGAUCCUCGGACAGGUGGCAGCUUGGUAGCGCAUAUUAAAGUAGGGGAGACAUAUCACCAAAGGAAAGAGGGAGUGACGCAUCAGCAGUGGUACUUGUUAAAUGAUUUCCUUAUUGAACCUGUUGAUAAGUGUGAGGCUGUCCAGUUUGAUAUGAAUUGGAAAGUUCCUGCUAUUUUAUUUUAUACCAAGAGGAGCCUAAAUUCCAAAUACAACUUGGCAAUUAAGAACCCAAUUGAAGCCAGCGUAUUACUGGCAGAAGCUUCUCUUGCCCGGAAACAAAGAAAGUGCCAUGCCACGUUCAUUCCAUUGCUGCUGAAUGAGAUGCCACAGGCAGCAGAACUAGUGGGUCUGGAUGCAGAGUUUGUUACUCUUAAUCAGGAAGAGGCUGAGCUUCGAAGUGAUGGGACAAAGUCCACUAUAAAACCCAGUCAGAUGUCGGUGGCUCGUAUCACAUGUGUAAGGGGACAGGGACCUAAUGAGGGUGUUCCUUUCAUAGAUGACUACAUUUCCACCCAGGAACAGGUGGUCGAUUAUCUGACACAGUACUCUGGAAUAAAGCCUGGUGACUUGGAUGCCAAGAUUUCAUCCAAACAUCUAACAACACUUAAAUCCACAUAUCUUAAAUUAAGGUUCCUCAUUGAUGUAGGAGUCAAGUUUGUGGGUCACGGUCUUCAGAAAGAUUUUCGAGUGAUAAAUCUCAUGGUGCCAAAAGAUCAGGUGAUUGAUACUGUGUAUUUAUUUCACAUACCACGCAAACGAAUGAUCUCUCUCCGAUUCUUGGCAUGGUAUUUCCUCGACCUCAAGAUCCAAGGAGAGACACAUGAUAGUAUUGAAGAUGCACGAACAGCUCUACAGCUCUAUCACAAAUACUUGGAGCUAAGUCGUAACGGAACCGAGCCAGACAACUUCCGAAAAGUCCUGAAAAGCCUUUAUGAAAAGGGUCGGAAAAUGGACUGGAAGGUUCCGGAACCAGAGAGCCAAAACAGCCCAAAAAGUAAAAUGCGCCAGUGUAUUCUGCUAUGGUGGGACUUUAAUGUCCUUUUUUUAAUUUCUUUUUAUGAAUUUGGUAAAGUGGAAAUGACUUUCCAUGUACUAUUUUUAUUGUUUUUUAUUUGUAAUGAAUUGUGAAGCCGUUCUGUGAACGCAAGCACAUCAUAUUUUAAUAAAAGU